AUGGCAAAACCAUAUCUAGAGCAUCUGCUCGCCUUCUCCGACAACAUCUUCGCGGAUGGGCGCUCGCAGCUGAUUCAACGCCUUAGCGAUGAGGAGCUCCUUACCUUGAUUCGGGAUGGACUCGGUCGUACUAGCCGCAAAGCACGCGAGAUGUUGAGUGUCAACCUGCUUGAUCUCAUCAAUACAGAACCGAGAACCUCCGAGUUGCUCGUCGGGAACAACUUCAGACAGCCUACACAGUCCGCACCCGCACCCACACCCACACCCAACGCACACGGCCUCGCAACGUCUGGCAUGGCAUCGCAGAGGGGUCAGCCCAAAAGGAAGGCCACGGAAAACGCAGAUCCCUUCGGCAUCCGAUCCCAUCCAGCGGCCGCGCUCAACGCGACCAAUGAAGGUAUCAGCAACUCCUUCAGCGGAGACCAAGAGGACGAUGAAGACUGGGAGGGUAUGACCGCGGAACAUGACCACGAUCUACAAGAUGAGACCCCUGCAGACUCCCGCACUUCCAUUAAUGUCGUCAACAUAUGGUCCACAGCCUUUGUUAUACCCAAGCUCAAGAUAGGUGCAUGGGUACGAAACACUGUCGGGUGUGAAGGAUGGCAGCCGCUCGGCGAUCUCGUGUCGAGUACCGGUAACAGUAUCCAUGCAAGAUUCUUGGCAGACUUCGCUUUCCGAGUGGCAUAUGGAGCGGUGGCUAUGGAAGCAGCACGUUAUAUCGGCGGAGGUAAAUGCGUCAACAUCGCCGUCUGGCAAAAGGGGUGUGGUCAAUCUACUUUUGAGAAGGCUCAUGGAAACAAGCAAAGAGCUUGCGACACUUGCAUCCGCACAAAGCGCCUUUGCGUACGGGUCGUACCUGAUGGCUCCGGUGCAAAGCUCUGCGUCUUUCCGCUACCCGAAGAAUGUCGUGGGAGCAAGGCGCUGGAUUCCAUCGCCGGAUGGGUCAUUGGAGGAUAA